GUAUUGCAAUAUAAUGGUGGACAUUGCUAACAUAAUCAAACUUCAAUUUAAUUUUAAAACAUUUAAUUAACACAAUGGAGAGGAUUUUUAUCAACUUAUUUGUGUUGUCAAUUUUGCUAGCUCUUUUGGCAUUGGCUGAAUCAGCCAUGGAAAAGAGUUAUGGACCCUAUGAUCAACAACCAUCAUAUGUACCGGACACCUCGAGCACACCACCACCACCAUCGCCGCCAUCAUCACCACCACCACCACCACAACCACAACCUAACCCUACGUGUAGGAAACUAAAACAACUUUGUGGAGGUUAUGGCGAUUACGCUUGUUGUGAAGGAUUAUAUUGUCUUGGUUGGACACCAGAGCAACCAGGUGGUCUCGGACUAUGUACACCUUUAGAUAAUCAACAACCUCCGUCGAAAGAUAAGUGUAGACACCACCUUCAAGAGUGCCAACUCUAUGGUCCGUACGUAUGUUGUCAAGGAUUGAACUGCGUUCAUGCUCGAAACCUUCCUACCGAACCUCUUAUUAAAACUCGAAAGAAGAAGCUUCCUCCUGGUACGGGUUUAUGCACUUAUGCUAAUUAUUAAGCUAUAAUAUGUACUCACUAGUUCAUACUAGCAAUACUGAUUGAGUUUAGUAUAUGUUCAUCAUGUGUUUUCAUGUAUUGUUCUAUAGCAUACAUUAUGUUUUUGAUUCCGGGGAUUAUUGUACUUCAUUUUGUUAAUUUUUUAA